CAGAGGAACGGGGUGGGGGGGGGGGGGGAGGAGAGAGAGAGAGAGAGAGAGAGAGAGAGAGAGAGAGAGAGAGAGUCGGCGAGGCAAGCGGAGCGGGGACACGGAGCAGGAGCCGUUCCUCUAGAGCCAGCGGAAACCUCCUCGGACAGCAGCCGGGCACCAGCCUCAGCAGCUCUUGUGGACGCCGGAGACGCCGCCGCCGCCACCACCGUUCCAAGCCGGCCUCUCGCGUCCCUUGCCGCCGGCUUGCCGGGGCAGCGGGGAUGCAGCUGGGGCAUGGCCGCCGGGGCCCAGUCACCUGCCGCGGGGAGCGCUGAACCCGUUGAAAAGCUACCUGGGAGAACCUAACCAUCUCUUGUGACCCCGCUCUGUCUGGGUACUGCCCACCCCGAGAAAGCUUCUUUGGGUCCUUGGUGUCCCCACCGCCCUGUGACAGUAAAGGGGACAGCACUCCAACAGUGCGAAGUCAGAAGGACCAAGGGGAACCGGCCAGCCUUCCCCGGAGCUGGCCCACAGGCCUCUUCGGCGGGAACCUGUCCUAGGAGUGGCCCAUUCUGCAAACAGACGCUCUUCGGAGGUUCGUUUUGUUCCUGGCACUAAGGGUAGAGAGAUGUUCGCGAUGCCGAGUCCCUUGGGUGCUUCUGAUGGAGCAAGAAGCGGGGGCAAUCAGGACGCCACGGCCCCUCCUGAAGCGAUGGCCCAGCCCUACCCCCCUGCCCAGUACCCCCCUCCGCCUCAGAAUGGAAUCCCAGCUGAAUACGCCCCGCCUCCACCACACCCCACACAGGACUACUCCGGCCAGACCCCAGUCCCCCCAGAGCAUGGCAUGACCCUCUACACACCAGCACAGACGCACCCUGAGCAGCCAGGCACCGAGGCCAGUACACAGCCCAUUGCUGGGACCCAGACAGUGCCGCAGGCAGAUGAGGCAGCCCAGACGGACAGCCAGCAGCUCCACCCUUCUGACCCCACGGAGAAGCAGCAGCCCAAACGACUACAUGUCUCCAACAUUCCCUUCCGGUUCAGGGACCCUGACCUGCGGCAAAUGUUCGGGCAAUUCGGGAAAAUUUUAGACGUGGAGAUCAUUUUUAACGAGCGGGGCUCCAAGGGUUUUGGGUUUGUAACUUUUGAAACUAGCUCAGAUGCUGACCGAGCCCGGGAGAAGCUGAAUGGGACGAUCGUAGAGGGACGGAAAAUUGAGGUUAAUAACGCCACAGCCCGGGUCAUGACCAAUAAGAAGCCUGGGAACCCAUAUGCCAAUGGCUGGAAGCUAAACCCCGUAGUAGGGGCAGUGUAUGGGCCUGAAUUCUAUGCAGUGACCAGCUUCCCCUACCCCACCACGGGCACCGCCGUCGCCUACCGGGGUGCACACCUGCGGGGCCGGGGCCGUGCUGUGUAUAAUACAUUUCGAGCAGCACCACCUCCGCCCCCCAUUCCGACUUACGGAGCGGCACUGGAGCAAACGCUUGUUAAAAUGCCAGUCCCGUGGGCGGGGCUGGCACCGUGCCCCCUCCCUCCUCAGCAGACACCGGAGCCGGCCUACCCCGCCUCUCCAGCGUUCCCACCACUCUCUUGUCCGUUUGCUUCCAGGGUCGUGUAUCAGGAUGGAUUUUAUGGUGCUGAGAUUUAUGGAGGCUAUGCAGCUUACAGAUAUGCUCAGCCCGCAGCCGCAGCCGCCGCAGCCUACAGCGACAGUUAUGGCAGAGUCUAUGCAGCCACUGAUCCCUACCAUCACACCAUCGGCCCCACAGCAACCUACAGCAUCGGAACCAUGUGAAACCUUCCACCGUCUCCUUCUCGGACCAUGAAGGGCAAAAACAAAAAAACAAAAAAAAUCACAAAACAAAAAACAAAACAAAAAAAGAUGUUAAGAUCCAAGCAGCAACAACAACAACAAAAAAUUCCAACCAAACCAAGAGGCAUCCAACCAAGUCCAAGUCCAAGUCCACGUCUGGCGUACGCCCGCACCGAGGGAGCUCGUCCCCCAGGGGGCGCCGGAGAGUGGCCUUGCCUGACUGGCGGUGCAGUAGGGAUGCUGCCAGGCGCUGGGGAAGACCUGGAGGGGAAAUGUGGCCCGUGGGUGUGGGGCGGGGGGCUCCGGUAUCUUACCCAGUCUUCCUUUCCCACCCUGCUCCCCAGGCAGGAGUUUCUAGGGUGGAGCAGGCCCCUAAGAAGGAGCAGCCAGCUGACUUGGGCUAUUGCCUGCUGAGCCCUGGAGGGGCUGGAGGCAGUUAGGGGCCAAGGGCAGCUUGUCACUCAUCCCAGGUCUCCAGCCUGGCCUCACUGAAUGUGCUGCCAGUGCGUCAGCUGUCCAACCAGCCGCCCUGGGGUCCAACUCCCAAUGCAAAGGGCUGACAUGGCUCCAGGACUCUGGAGCACCCCAUGCUCCUGCUCCCCUAUGUGAGAAAAGCUUCCAGCUACAGAGAAGGAAGGAGGCCCAGCCAGCAGGGACCCAGUCCUCAUGCUGUAGGCGUGCACAGGGGGGCCCUGGAGCACAGCUUUUGUUCGUAGUGGCAGCCUUCCUGAAGAAGGACCCAACCCUCCUUCCUGCUCCCUCCUGUGGCUCAGUUCUGCUAGGGAGCGGGCGAUGACAGAUGGGCCAGCCCUGGGCUGCACCUGGAGGCCGGGAGUCAAGGUGCUAGGGUCUGGAGGGCCACGGUCAGAGCAGGACCCAUGGGGAAGGCAAGGAAUGGGGACAGUCUGGGCUGGCCCCGCCGCAGGGAAGGCCAGCGGGGCUGCAGCCCCUUCGCUCCCUGGGCAGGAAUAGUGGGUGUCACAGGAAAGCAGCAGGCCCAGUGGAUGGCACAAGGGACAGGUAGCAAGAAGCCCCUGGCAAGGCCGGGAUAGGUGGAGUAGGAUUAACAGCAAAAAAAUAAAAAAAUAACAGAAACCAUGGCUCCCGACGCGGCACCACUGUCUCAUGACACCUCAAAAUAAAUCACCUCACUUUCUAUCCAGCAUCAGCCACCGAAGCUAUGGAAACGGAACCCUCCUUUUCUAUUCCUGUUGUACAUAGCCCUGCGCCUGCCUCCGGCUCUGUCCUCUGUACAGAGCCCCUCGCCUUCUGCUGUUUCGGACCCUUUUCCCACAGCAGCUCGGAACCCUCAUCCCAGCCCCUCUCCCAGGACUGCAGCCGAGCCCCAGGCUUCCUUUCUUACCAUUCUGUAUGCUUCCACGGUGUGACCAUUCAAAGUAACAGUAUUACUAUUAAGAUUAAUAAAGAUUUCUUUCUUCAAACCAG